AUGCAGAAGCACAGCCAGAAGGAGCACCUCUACAAGCUGCUGGUGAUCGGGGACCUGGGAGUGGGCAAAACCAGCAUCAUCAAGCGCUAUGUCCACCAGAACUUCUCCCCCCACUACCGGGCCACCAUCGGGGUGGACUUUGCUUUGAAGGUGCUGAACUGGGAUGCUGAGACUGUGGUACGGCUGCAGCUCUGGGAUAUUGCGGGACAGGAAAGAUUUGGAAACAUGACCAGGGUGUAUUACAGAGAGGCUAUGGGAGCGUUUAUUGUCUUUGAUGUUACAAGACCUGCGACGUUUGAAGCAGUGACAAAAUGGAAAGAGGAUUUGGACUCUAAGUUGGUUCUCCCAAAUGGCAAACCUGUGCCAGCAGUCCUAUUAGCAAACAAAUGUGACCAGGGAAUAGAUGUUCUUAUGAACAACGGCAUCAAGAUGGAUCAGUUCUGCAAAGAGAAUGGGUUCGUGGGCUGGUUUGAAACAUCAGCCAAGGAAAAUAUAAACAUCAAUGAAGCUUCCAGAUGCUUGGUGAAACACAUAAUUGCUAGUGAGAGUGAUCCAGUUCAGUCGGUUGAACCAGAUAUUAUAAAACCACACUUGAAUUCCUCCAAGAUUGUCAGUUGUUCAGCUUGCUUUAAAUCCUAA